AUGAACGGCACGAACCAACAUAAUCUCUUUACCUACCACGCAGUGGUUGAUCCCAGUAUUGACGCCGCAAUCCCCCCGGAACAGCCUCAAUACAGUCCUGGUGCCGCAUCUACCUCAAUGACGCUCGCCGGCCCUGUUACCUCUGUGAAACGAUCGCCAACGCCCGACGAGAAUGGGCUGAAUAAUUCAACCUUUGUAUCACCGAUGCCUUGGAGUUCCAGCCGGUUGAGUGCUUCGGCUAUCAGUUUACCCCAGCCUGCAUUUGCGCCCACGGAUAGUCCCAGGCCUUUCACUGCAGAUGCCUCGCUUUCCAAAACCCACCAGCAUAUAAUACAGCCCCUGCCACCGACCCUCACUGUCCCCGCACCCGUGGCAUAUAGCAUGUCGCAGUCGAGUGUUAGCAUACCCUCCUUUUAUCAUCCAGCAAAUUCCCCACGGCUGGAUCUGCCUCGCAACUCCCCCAUCCAAUAUGACAGGGAGCUCGCUACGCCAACGACUGUUCAUUCGCGCCAAUCCUCCACCGACAUCAGUGUCGGGCCAAGCGCAAUUGUCUACGAAACUCAGCUGCCAGAAUACUGGUCCGCACGGCCGGAAGCGCACGACCUUGCGUCUUCUCUUUCUCAUGCCAGGACAGACCUUCCAAUUGAAUCGGCAGAUCAAGGCUCGUCCCAGGGCGGCAACCACGGCAAUAACGGAUCGCUUGACCCACUGGAUGGGAAGCGAGAUGCAGGACAGCAGAGCAGAAUGGGCAUCAUGACAGUUCCGGGAAAGAAAGAUACAAAAGUACUCCGGAAGAAAUCUCUCAGGCGAAUAUAA